AACGAAACGACAUCUUUCACGAUACAGGACCGGCUCGACGAAGUGAAACCCGGCUCGACGAAGAGAAACCCGCCUCGACGAUCAGACAAUCGCCUCGACGAAACAAAGGUACCCAUUAUGUCCAGUACAUGACUCCAUAGAAUUCUGGCCGCAAACACAACAUUUGUUGUGGAUUGAAUUGCAUUGGGAAAAUCAAUUCAGUUUCCAGGUAGAGUGUUGUUGGCUGUGGAAAGUGAGAUACAGAACAAGAUCCCUUAAACUGACGAACAGGGAUUGACAGUUCUAACCAAGGACAUGACAACUAUAGGAGACGAUAAAGGAGCUGUGCCCUCUUUCAGGGUGACACGUAGCAUCACUAUUCCCCUCAAGUACCUUUGCCUGUUUGUUUUGGUGAUUCAGACAUCGACAAUGGUGCUAACACUACGGUACUCCAGGAAACAUGCGUCGAGCAGUGGACAUAUGUAUCUUUCUUCCACAGCAGUUGUUUUAUCGGAGGCAAUAAAGAUGAUAACAUGCCUUGCAGUUCUCUUUCGCCAUGCUCAGAAUGAUGUAAACCGGUUAUCAAGAGAACUUAAAGACCAGAUUUUUGACAAGUGGAGUGAUAGUGUAAAGUUGACGGUUCCAGCGAUCUUGUACACAGUUCAAAACAAUCUCCUGUUUUUGGCUUUAUCAUGUUUAGAUGCAGCAACCUAUCAGGUCACAUAUCAGCUCAAAAUAUUAACAACUGCAAUGUUCUCAGUUGUAAUGUUAGGUAGAAACUUGACUCGUCUCAAAUGGAUAUCAUUGGUCAUUCUAAUGCUUGGUGUAGCUCUUGUGCAGAUGCCCAGUGGCAGCAAAAAUGAAGCUUCAAAGAAGGAGAGAAGCAUGUCCACUCAAUUAAUGGGAUUGAUAGCUGUUUUAACUGCAUGUUUUUCUAGUGGAUUUGCAGGCGUUUAUUUUGAGAAGCUGCUAAAAGGCAGCACAGUUUCAUUAUGGAUGAGAAACAUUUUGCUUGCAUGUUAUGGAAUAUUAUUUGGAAUUCUUGGUGUUCUGAUAAAUGAUUUCUCAAAAGUUAAAGAACAUGGGUUUUUCCAAGGUUAUACUAUUUCAACUUGGUUUGUUAUUCUCCUACAGGCAUAUGGAGGAUUACUUGUAGCAGCUGUCGUCAAAUAUGCUGAUAACAUUCUUAAGGGUUUUGCAACAUCAAUAUCAAUUGUUUUAUCAUCAAUAAUUUCAUAUUAUUUCAUUGGUGACUUUGAACCAAGCUUGUAUUUCAUGUUGGGUGGAACUGGUGUCCUCACUGCAACAUAUCUUUACAGUUUACCAACAAAGUUAUGAUGCUCAUAACAAACAUUUGAUAAUAACAUAUUAGGGAACAAUAAUAUGAUAACUUUGGUGUGCAGUAUCUUGACUAAUAUAGCAAGUUUCUUAAAUAAUUAUAUGGUUCAGACUGAUUGCUAGAAAAGGAGUAGUAGUGGUAUUUUAUGUAAUAUGGUAGGGAAUUAUAAUAACUUUUUAUUGAAUAUCUUACAUCUAAUGGCUAUUGUGAUGGUUACCCAGAUGUUUUCAGGGACCUUACAUAUAGGAGGUUCAUCUGACAGUUUGUCAACCUGAACCUUAAGAUUUCUGAUAUUUCUAGGGUAAAAGCAAAUAAAGGAUGGUGGUAUGACACACUUGGGUAACAAGGGUUCAUUGAGCUGAUAUAAGUUAGAAUGCUUCUAAAUACAGAGAAUGCAGUUCAGUUGCAUUUUCCACCGUUAUUAGAAUUUGAGGUAUUAUUUGUCAGAUAUCAAUAUAAAUAAUGAAAUUUCAUACCCCAAAGAUGCCAUAGUUUUGGGCUCAUAUCACAUAAAAUCAACUAAAUGCAAGAAGCAGAAAUUCAAGUAAUGCUGUUAGUGUAAAGUUUGAAGAUUGAAAGGUAUUGAUGUGUCAAAGAUGUCUAGUUUAUAUGAUAUUUGAAACUGG